UGGCUGGGACCCGCCACGCCCCGAAAAUAGGCCUUAGCGACAAGUUAACAACAUAUUAGCGUGGUAGAGCCGCCUCGCGGGGCGUCACGGUCCGUCGGCGGCCGCCGAACAGACACUGGCUUCGCUUCAAGGCGUUCCCACCGCCAGAGGCGGCUCCUUUGCGGAACUUUGAGCGGACCCGGGUCCUGCGAGCAAACCUGCAUCGCGUGCAGCACCGUGCCGCGACGCGCGCGGACGGCGCGUUGUCCGCGCGGCAAGGCACCGACUGAACGAUCGCGCAUGCACGCACUGUGGGACCUUUCACAGCCGCGCGCUGGGCACUUCGUGCAUCUUCCCCAUGUUCCAUGCAGUGAGGUGCUCUCCAGGCCUUGCUACGCGAUUAUCGCCCAAGCAAAGGCUGAAGCAAGCCCCAUAACCAGACGCCAGGCAGCCCGCAGGGUCUGUUCUUGCAGCUGCCGCAUUAAAACGGCAUUUUGGGGCGUCACGUGAUGCGCUUCACCCUAUAUUUCUGAUCAGGAUACACCCGACCCCCGCACACGCUUUGAG